AUGAAAAGGACAAUCAAUGAUUUAAUUAAAUACGCCCAUCUGGCACAGCAUCUAGUUAUCUUAGGAGAUAACAUCGAAGGUAUAUACGAGGAGCUAAAUAGAUUACAAUAUAGUUUAGCUUUUAUUCGUUCAUCGAGCACACCGCAUUCUAUUUUAAGCUUAGAUGAACUUAAGAAUUCAGUAAUAAAAAUGAGAUCCUUGUGCUUAAAUGAUGAGGUUCUUAACAUAGAUUUUUCGUAUUUUAACGAUCUAGUAAAAUUAGGUUACUUUUACUUAAAUAUGCAAAUAGUUAUAGUGGUUAAAGUUCCGAUUGUCUAUCCAUUAACCUAUGACCUUUAUAAGUUAACUGUCGUGCCUAACAAAUACCGUAAAGUACUUGUCCCCACCUUACUUUAUAUAGCAUUCUCUAGACAAGAUUCUAUGUACACGAAGACUGAAUAUCCGAAGGUAAAUUCAUGGUUCCUCUGUAACUCCAAUGCUAACUAUAGAACGAGAAACGAGUCCGACUGUAUCCAACAUCUCAUCGCUACGCAAGAGCUUCAGGAGACGUGUAAAAUGACCUCAGUGAUCCUGACAAGAGCAGCUGCUGAACAAUUAAACGACGAGCAUUACACUCUUAGUUUUUCGACUCCUACGAAAGUCCAGUUAUCCUGUGGGCAAGUACAAUAUCGAACCCUCUCAGGAAGCUUCCUCGCAGUUAUUAUGAUCAAUUGCUACAUGAAAACGCCAUACUUUACGCUGUCCAACACUAAAGAUCCCAUUAAAGGACGAGUAUUGAAGAUCAUGGAAAUGCCACAAUUCAACGAUUCUAUUUCAAAGAAACAUGUUAAAGUAAUUCUCAAUACUACUGGGCUAUCAAAUUUACACUCCAUCAUCACGAAGAUAUCUCUCAAGCAUCCAGUUCAAAUAGAAAACGUAGAUGACUCCAGCAUAUAUCAUACAACUAUUCCUUUGUAUGUCAUUCUGCUGUUUUGUAUGAUCACCCUAACUAUCGUACUUACAUUUCAGAGACUAAGAUCUUGA